AUGACACAUUUAUCUGGCCUUCACUCACAUGCCGAGAGGAACAUGUACAACAGACUUCCAAUCAACUGGCUAUAUGGGAAUCGCUCCUUAUCCAGCCGAUCUUCCGCUGCAGCCUUAGGUAAAACGGUACCAGAGCUCGUGGCGGAGGGUAUCGGAUCAGUGGCACAUGGGAGUGUUACGGAGGAACUGGCACAGCUGACUGUGGUGUUACACGACAGCGCGGUCGCAGACAGCUCAUCGGUCACCUACAAGGCGGGGUGGCGACGCUUUGUGCGCUUCUGCAUCUGCAUGAAGGUCGCAGGGGUGCCAGAGGCGGAUGCCCGGCCCCGCCAGCGUGGGUCUGACCUCAAUCGGGACCUGGUGUGUCUGUUCAUAGCGCAUGCAGUUGGCCGGUACGCGACCUCCACCGUCACCGGCACACUGAGCGUCCUGGCGGACUGGCAGCGGUUCAUGGGAGUCUCGCCAGAGGCAGAUAUCAGCCACGAUCCGCUGGUCAAGCGAACCCUGGGCCAAGCAUUGCGGAGGGCUGCUGUGAGGCUGGAGUCGGCACCGACCAAGAUGAAGGCACCCCUGCCCCUGGGGGUGCUGGAGCUGCUCAUGCUGGCGCAUAUAAGGCUGGGGGGGGUGGAGGAGGCGGCGGCGGUGGCGGGUAGCCCUGCUUAA